GCAAGCUUACAGGUGUAUAUUAAUAAGUACAGGGAUAAAACACACCUUUUAGUAGCCUUUGUCAUGUUAGCAGGAACUGGCCACCAUCUUGAAAAUGGAUUGUGCAUGGAUUAGAUUGGGAUGGGUGGACCGUAUCUCCAUGAGUGUGAUUGUUGGUGUGGUGAUCCUGCUAUGUACCCCGGUACCUGGGAGCGGACACGAAGAGAAGCCCGAGGGAAAUGACCUGUGCGGGAUGAAAUGCUCAUGUCGGGCAACUAUUGUUCGAUGUUUUGAGUUGGUUCACUUCCCAAAGUUUUUUCCUCAGAACACCACAAAAAUCUACUUUGAACAACUCGUGACGGAACUGCUACCCGCUGACGCGUUUAAAAGCAUCCCGAUGGUGAAAACAAUCGAGUUCAGUCGAAGUAACAUUGGUCGUAUCGCGGGGUGUGCCUUCGAUGGUUUACCUUACCUUGAGGAUCUGUAUAUGGUCAGAACUGUAAUCGGAUCUAUCGCUACAAUGGCCGUCAGUAACAUUGCUCCGUCCGCAUCGGUUGUCAUGCAGUAUGUUACAGUUACUACACUUGAAACGGCUGCGUUUUCUCACCUGACUAAUCUCACUAUUUUUCAAAUCGGUAACUGCACGGUUCACGAGAUGGAGCCAAACGCGUUUAGUGGCAUUUCAAAUGUAGAGAAAGGGUUCAUUAUAACUACAACGAGGCUGUUGGAUUUCAAUGGUCCGUUCCUCGACGAUAUGCAGUCUGUUGGGAAAAUUGUCUUUACAGAAAAUACAAUGGGUUCCUUCCCAUGCCUCGCUCUGGACAGUUUGGUAUCACCAGUCAACCAGCUCACCAUUUCCGACAAUAACAUUAACUGCACGUGCGUCAAGCUAGGUACAGGUGACCACCUGACCGAGGACGAGUAUGUGAAAAAGCAGCUGAUGAAAAGCAUGUGCGUUGGAUUAGAGGCUAGCGAGAAAAUGACGGUAUCAGAAAGGCUUGCCAAGAGCUCUUGCAAACAAACGAAAUGUGCAUCCUUCCAGUCUAGGGAGGUAUCACGGUUAUCGUGUAAACCUGAAAGAGCCCGGCCAGAUGACCCCAACCCUAAUUAUUACGACGGAAAUGCCGGAAAUACGUCACCGAUAGCGUUACAAACAUUGUCUCUACUUAUUUUGGCGUCUCUUCUGUUUAUAUUGACAUGACCACAUUAAAAAGGUAAUAAGUAUUUUGAAAACCGUAAUAGAGCAAUAUUCUCUGACAAAAAGAAUAUGCAAACACUGAGACGCCAUCCUUCGACAUGUUUACGGUCGUACCUGUUGGAAACGUGGUCAACCAGUACACUUAAUAGUCAUCGCUCUACAGUAUACAAAUAUGUUUUGUAGCAUAUUGGUCAUAUCGGUAAUUUUUUCCUCGUUCCUGUUGACCAGAAGAACCCAGUGAUUUGUGUUAUGCUGCGCAUGACGUCCUCUUGCCAAUUGAAUUGUUUAUGAUAUCUGUUAACAUGAUGGCAUUAAAACUUAUAAAAUAACAAA